AAAAAAAUGAAACACACUGAUUGACCUCCAGCCUGGCAAAACUUUUGCAAUCUCAAUUUGAAUCUCGUAUUGGCUCUCUUAGCGAAAGGAGAUGGAGUCUAAAAAAAAGAAUGUGUAAUAUUUUUUAAGACAAAAGCUUAUUGCAAGAAAUACCAAUCUCCACCCACUCUUGAUGUGAUAAUGUCAAUUAUCAUAUAUAACUGAUUAUAUCCGGGUUUUGUAUCAAGAUCUAUCUCGCUACAGCAUUCUAUUAUUUUGAAUUUAUGAUGUACAAUAUUUUUCCAUUAAGUCGAUUCAGCCACUAUAAUAAUCAGAAUCAGAAUCAUAACAAUUCUGCUUCCUGUGCUUUAAAAUUGAAUUCAGGUUCAAAUUUAUUCAAGACUACAACGAACAAUGCUUCUAGUAUAUUUAAAUUGAUCAAAUUUAAAAGGAUUAAAAAAAAUGUACUUUAUUGUUCAAAAUGCGAUUCAAAUUUUGAAGUACUUUAUAUAAAUAAUAAUAGUAAUAAUUAUUAUAAAAAGCUUUCCACUAAAUUUAAUUGUCCAAAUUGUCGUUGCUUUUAUUAA